AUGGUAGACGCUGAAUCCCGCAUGUCCAAGCGUGUGUUCGACCCAGUGGACUGCGCCGUGCGUAUCAUCGGGUCGUGCGGAACAUCUAGNCCUGCUGCUGGUGACCAGGAGCAGCACGUGACUGCACCGGCGCUGCCGGACGGAGUCGCGCUGCCGAAUGUGCGCGCCACUGACGACCUGCAGGAAUUCGCGGAGCCUGCGGCAGCGACGGACCUCGAUCUCACUACCCCUCCUGACUCUCCGGCCGAGAAAGUGACAGAGCUGGUAAGGUACACUAGCGUGUUUCAAGUGGACAAGGAGUCGAAGGAUGUUGGUGAUACGACGCUCUACAUAGAUACAGCGGCGUCGAGCCAUAUGGUAGACGCUGAAUCCCGCAUGUCCAAGCGUGUGUUCGACCCAGUGGACUGCGCCGUGCGUAUCAUCGGGUCGUGCGGAACAUCUAGCGCUACCAAAAAAGGCACCCUAAAGUUUGGAAUUCGUAGUGGGCAAGGCAACAUUGUGACGGUGGCACUGGACGUCCUCCUGGUUCGUAAUCUAGGAGCGAAUAUUCUGUCGGUUGGAGCGUUGGCCGAAAAGGGGGUUAAGUGCGAUUUAAUGUCUAUCCCUCCGGCGCUCCGACGCGGCGACCAGGCCUUUCCGAUAUCAAUCGCUGUGCCUCGCAUGUACGUGAUAAACGUCAUCAUUGACGAUCUCAACAUGGACGAUGUAGAAGUGUAUCGCACCAAGGUCGACGCUCACCUGUGGCACCGUAGGAUGGGCCACUGCAAUCCGCGUGCACUGCAGCAGCUGGCGGAAAUGGACACCACUGGAGUAAAGUUCCAUCACAACAUCGAGUCAGGUGACUGCAGCGUAUGCGCGGUCGGGGAUAGCAAGAAGGGCAGUCACCCUCCAUCUGAUCACCCCCACUCUGAAACCCGGCUAGAGAUUAUGUGCGCCGACGUGUGCGGGAAGCACCCCAUCAAGUCGUUUGGGGGCUGCCAGAGUACCGUGAUGUUCACUGACGUGUUUUCUCGCAUGAGGUUCGGCUUCCCAAUCACGACAAAAGAUGAAACGGCGGAGUCUCUCCACAAAUUUGUCCGGGAGGUAGCCGACCCGAUCGGGCAAAGCAUCGGCACGAUGCACUGCGAUGGUGCAGGAGAAUUCCAGGGCAGAUUCCUGAAGCUGUGCAAGUCCCUCGGAAUUACGGUCGAAACUAGCGCUCCAUACACUCCACAGCGGAAUUCCAUCGCAGAACGUGGAUUUGGCACCAUCACCGGAACUACUCGCAAACUAAUGCUGGGCGCACCGCACCUUCCCAGCGAGCUGUGGGCUGAAGCAUUCCAGACCGCCAUCUAUCUCAAGAAUCGCACACCAACUGAAGUCCUGGGCGGCAAAUCCCCACUCGAGGGGGGUAAGCCGCUAGGUAAUCUGCUGCACAUUCACGAAUGGGGUUCGAUGGCCUUCAAACACGAGGAAGCGCGUUUCCGUCCCAACAAGCUUGCGGCCAGGGCCAAGAAGAUGUAUCUGGUAGGCUAUAAUACCAAGGGUAGGUCGUACAGACUGUGGGAUCCUGCGGAGCCUUCUAAAAUCACCAACUCUGCCGAAGUAUCCUUCCGUGAAAAGGAGAUGCGCGACGUGGUUAAACCCAAAGUAGGGCGCGAUCCGUUUCCUGUGCCAAACACGACAAUCUACCAGCCUUGUAUGGCAGAAUCUAACGAAGAAGCAACUAACGACGAUAGCGAUGAAGAAGAAGACCAAAGUACUGCAGAGUCGACACCAUCUGUUCCAGAACCACGACGGAGCGCCAGGGCAUCUGCACUGCCGCAAAGGUGGAACAAGCUCUUCUGA